AGAGUCAGUAGGGAGUUUCUGCUGGGGUCUGGAGUGGAACUACAUAAAUCAGACCGGCCCUGUAUGACUGGACUCUAAAGCAGAACCAAGGAUACAAAGAGUCUUCAUGUCUAAUAUUUAGACAUGUUCAGCUUUGUGGAUUCCCGGUUACUGCUUUUGAUAGCAGCAACUGUUCUACUCACCAAAGGCCAAGGCGAAGAAGAUGUUCCAAUUGGAACCUGCGUUCAGGACGGAAUAAAAUACAGUGACAGAGACGUCUGGAAACCUUCACCCUGCGACAUCUGUGUGUGUGAUAGUGGUACCGUUCUGUGCGACAAGGUGGUGUGUGAAGACCCAGACUGCCCCAAUGCUGAGCUUCGCCACGGAGAAUGCUGUGCAGUGUGUCCUGAUGGCGAUGUUGCUUACCCAGAAGUCACUGGAGUAGAGGGUCCUAGAGGAGAACCAGGCCCAAAAGGAGACAGGGGACUUCCAGGCCCACCUGGCAGAGACGGCAUUCCUGGCCAACCUGGACUCCCAGGCCCCCCUGGCCCUCCAGGACCCCCAGGCCUUGGCGGAAACUUCGCUCCUCAGCUCUCUUAUGGUUAUGAUGAAAAAUCCGGUGGUCUUGCUGUUCCAGGCCCAAUGGGUCCAGCUGGUCCCCGUGGUCUUCCUGGUCCCCCUGGUGCUCCAGGCCCCCAAGGUUUCCAAGGUCCCCCUGGUGAACCCGGAGAGCCUGGCGCUUCUGGUCCAAUGGGUCCCCGUGGUCCAGCCGGCCCACCUGGCAAGAACGGAGAUGAUGGUGAAGCUGGAAAACCUGGUCGUCCUGGUGAGCGCGGUGCUCCUGGCCCACAGGGUGCCCGUGGUCUUCCCGGAACUGCUGGCCUGCCAGGCAUGAAGGGACACAGGGGUUUCAGUGGUCUUGAUGGUGCUAAAGGUGAUGCUGGUCCAGCUGGCCCCAAGGGUGAGCCUGGCAGCCCUGGUGAGAAUGGUGCUCCUGGACAAGUAGGUCCACGUGGUCUUCCCGGUGAGAGAGGCCGUCCUGGCCCUUCUGGCCCUGCCGGUGCUCGUGGUAACGAUGGUGCUUCAGGUGCUGCUGGUCCCCCAGGCCCCACUGGUCCAGCUGGUCCCCCUGGCUUCCCUGGUGCUGUUGGUCCUAAGGGUGAAACUGGUCCCCAAGGUGCUCGUGGUGGUGAAGGCCCACAAGGUGCUCGUGGCGAACCUGGCGCAGCUGGUCCUGCUGGAGCUGCUGGUCCUUCUGGCAAUCCUGGCAGUGAUGGUCAACCUGGUGCCAAAGGUGCUACUGGUGCUCCUGGUAUUUCUGGCGCUCCUGGUUUCCCUGGUGCUCGUGGCACAGCUGGACCGCAGGGUCCCAGCGGCGCUCCUGGUCCCAAGGGUAACAGCGGUGAACCUGGUGCUCCUGGAAACAAAGGAGAUGCUGGUGCUAAAGGUGAAUCUGGCCCCGCUGGUGUCCAAGGCCCCCCUGGUCCACCUGGUGAGGAAGGCAAGAGAGGAUCUCGUGGUGAGCCUGGACCUUCUGGCUUGCCUGGCCCUGCUGGCGAACGUGGUGCUCCUGGAAGCCGUGGUUUCCCUGGCUCUGAUGGCAUGGCUGGUCCCAAGGGUCCUCCCGGUGAGCGUGGCUCUCCUGGCCCUGCUGGUCCCAAAGGAUCUACUGGUGAAGCUGGACGCGCUGGUGAGCCCGGUCUCCCUGGAGCCAAGGGACUGACUGGUAGCCCUGGCAGCCCUGGUCCUGAUGGCAAGACUGGACCCACUGGCCCCGCUGGUCAAGAUGGUCGCCCCGGACCUGCAGGUCCACCUGGUGCAAGAGGUCAGGCUGGUGUGAUGGGAUUCCCUGGGCCUAAAGGCUCUGCUGGUGAGCCUGGCAAACCUGGUGAGAGAGGUGCUCCUGGACCCGUUGGUGCUGUUGGUGCUCCUGGUAAAGAUGGUGAAGCUGGUGCUCAGGGACCUCCUGGCCAAAGUGGUCCUGCUGGAGAGAGAGGUGAACAAGGUCCAUCCGGAUCUCCUGGAUUCCAGGGUCUUCCUGGUCCUGCUGGUGCCCCUGGUGAAUCUGGAAAGCCUGGUGAACAGGGUGUCCCUGGUGAUGCUGGUGCUCCUGGUCCUGCCGGUGCAAGAGGAGAGAGGGGUUUCCCCGGUGAACGUGGUAUCCAAGGUCCCGCAGGUCCUCCAGGCCCCCGUGGUGCUAAUGGUGCUCCUGGUAACGAUGGUGCUAAGGGUGAUGCUGGUGCUCCUGGCAGUCCCGGAAAUCAAGGCCCUCCAGGCCUCCAGGGUAUGCCCGGUGAACGUGGUGCUGCUGGUCUGCCUGGUGCCAAGGGAGACAGAGGUGACCAAGGUGUCAAAGGUGCUGAUGGUGCUCCCGGCAAAGAUGGACCUAGAGGACUGACUGGACCCAUUGGCCCACCUGGACCAUCUGGUGCUCCUGGUGAUAAGGGUGAAUCUGGUCCCUCUGGCCCUGCUGGUCCCACUGGUGCUCGUGGCGCUCCCGGAGAUCGUGGUGAACCCGGCCCUGCUGGACCUGCUGGAUUCGCUGGCCCCCCUGGUACUGAUGGCCAACCUGGUGCUAAAGGUGAACCUGGUGAUGCUGGUGCUAAAGGUGAUGCUGGCGCUCCCGGCCCUGCUGGAGCCACUGGACCUCCCGGACCUGCUGGUGCUGUUGGUGCUCCUGGACCCAAAGGUGCUCGUGGAAGUGCUGGACCCCCUGGUGCUACUGGAUUCCCCGGAGCUGCUGGAAGAGUUGGACCUCCUGGCCCAUCUGGUAACAUUGGUCUUCCUGGCCCACCUGGCCCCUCCGGAAAGGAAGGUGCCAAAGGACCCCGUGGUGAGACUGGUCCUGCUGGUCGCCCUGGUGAAGCUGGCCCUGCUGGCCCACCUGGACCUUCUGGUGAGAAGGGUUCUCCUGGUGCUGAUGGACCUGCUGGUGCACCUGGUACUCCUGGCCCACAAGGUAUUGCUGGACAACGUGGUGUGGUUGGUCUUCCCGGACAAAGAGGCGAGAGAGGUUUCCCCGGUCUUCCUGGACCAUCUGGCGAGCCUGGCAAACAAGGCCCAUCUGGAUCUGUUGGUGAACGUGGUCCUCCUGGCCCAAUGGGACCACCUGGAUUAGCUGGACCCCCUGGUGAAGCUGGACGUGAGGGUUCUCCUGGCUCAGAAGGUGCUCCUGGGCGUGAUGGUUCCGCUGGUCCUAAGGGUGAUCGUGGUGAGAGUGGCCCAGCUGGUCCCCCUGGUGCCCCUGGAGCCCCUGGUGCCCCUGGCCCCAUUGGCCCUGCUGGCAAGAAUGGAGACCGUGGUGAGAGUGGCCCUGCUGGUCCCGCUGGUCCCGCUGGCCCUGCUGGUGCUCGUGGUCCUGCUGGUGCACAAGGUGCUCGUGGUGACAAGGGUGAGACUGGUGAACAAGGUGACAGAGGCAUGAAGGGUCACAGAGGUUUCUCUGGUCUCCAGGGUCCUCCUGGUCCCCCUGGUUCUCCUGGUGAACAAGGUCCCUCUGGUUCUUCCGGCCCUGCUGGUCCAAGAGGUCCUCCUGGCUCUGCUGGUUCCGCUGGCAAAGAUGGUCAUAAUGGUCCCCCUGGUCCCACUGGCCCACCUGGUCCCCGUGGUCGUACUGGUGAUGUUGGCCCUGCUGGUCCUCCUGGACCUCCUGGCCCACCUGGUCCCCCAGGCCCACCUAGCGGUGGCUUUGACUUCAGCUUCCUGCCCCAGCCUCCUCAGGAGAAAGCUCACGAUGGUGGUCGCUACUACAGAGCUGAUGAUGCCAAUGUGAUGCGUGACCGUGACCUGGAAGUUGACACUACCCUCAAGAGCCUGUCCCUCCAGAUUGAGAACAUCCGUAGCCCCGAGGGAACCCGCAAGAACCCAGCCCGCACUUGUCGUGACCUGAAGAUGUGCCAUGGAGACUGGAAGAGCGGCGAGUAUUGGAUUGACCCCAACCAAGGCUGCAACCUGGAUGCCAUCAAGGUCUACUGUAACAUGGAGACUGGAGAAACUUGCGUCUACCCAGUUCAGCCUACCAUCUCCCAGAAGAACUGGUAUAUUGCCAAGAACCCCAAGGAGAAGAAACAUGUCUGGUUCGGCGAGACAAUGAGCGAUGGCUUCCAGUUCGAAUAUGGUGGCGAGGGAUCCAACUCUGCUGAUGUUGCCAUCCAGCUGACUUUCUUGCGCUUGAUGUCCACUGAAGCCUCCCAGAACAUCACCUACCACUGCAAGAACAGUGUGGCUUACAUGGAUCAACAGACAGGAAACCUGAAGAAGGCUCUGCUCCUCCAAGGCUCCAACGAGAUUGAAAUCAGAGCGGAGGGCAACAACCGCUUCACCUACGGUGUCACCGAGGAUGGCUGCACGAGUCACACCGGCAGUUGGGGAAAGACAGUCAUCGAAUACAAGACAACAAAAACUUCCCGGUUGCCCGUCAUUGAUGUGGCUCCCAUGGACGUUGGUGCCCCAGACCAAGAAUUCGGCCUUGAGAUUGGACCAGUCUGCUUCUUGUAAACCCAAAAGGAAACCUGACAGUUUAAAAAAUAAAAUAAAAAACAGCCAAAAAAGAAGGAAAUUUCACAUGGACUUGAAUUUGUGUCUUUUUCUAUCCAUCAUCUCUAAAACUAUUUUUGUUUCCGUUAAAAAAAACAAAAAAAGCAUUAAACCAAAAAAAUAAAAAUAAAUGACUUUUCAAAAAUAAUUAAGGAAGUGCAUCCACUUGCUUGACUUUUUUUAAUCAAAAUCCCCGAAGACAGAAUGGUUUGAUUUUAUCUUCUUCUUUUUUUUAAAUCAAGUAAUAUCUUGGGACCACUAUUUGCACAUUCCAAAAAUACAUAUAUAAAAACCAUACAGAAUGACAAAAUCAGUCCAAACCAACACAACGCCUGAAGUACAACUACCAGUUUUGAGAACUUGUUGUUUCCACAGCAACAAGAAUAAUGCUAAACUAGUGGUAGAACCUGCCCUAUACACCCAUAAUAAAAAUUGCCCCCAUACCCUGGUGUUGGGGAAAAAAAAUCCCAAAUUUACCUACAGGCCAACUUUCUCUGCUGGUACCUUUAUAUAGAGAAAUUUUUCUUCUUCUUUUUUACACAAAGCAAUACCACUGAAAAGAUUAUUAUUUCAGCCAUUCGAAAUGUACAUUUUUUUUUCUGUUUUGUUCAAUCGACAUUAGAAAUACAUUUGUCAAAGUCCAAAUACAGGUGUGACAUUUAGUGGCUAUCAAAUCAGGAUCCUGUUUGGACAAAGAACAGGUGAAAGAUGCCCUGUCCCUCUGAAAGAGGUUGGAGAUUAUCUUCUUUUCUAAAAUAUAUAUUUAAGAGCUACAAAUGUUUUGUCGUUGAACAACUGAAGGAAAAAAGAAUGGGCAAUCAUAUCAGAAAGCAGAGAAAAUGUAAUGUUCAAUGUAUAUAAUUGUUGUAUGGACGGCUACCUCACCAUUGUCAUUUUCAACUACUCUGGGGUAGUUUUGGGGUUUUUUUAUGCUAGUACCAGGUUGUAAUGGAGGGAGUGGGGCAGGGUUCCAGGUUUAGGUAAAGGUGCUAACUGUGUCUUUUAUAUCUUUCUUUUUUCUCUUUAGUCUGCUAUGUUAACAAUUAUCAGGUCCCAUGGAAUUCUUUUUUGAGGUGGUGAAAUCUGCAAAAGCCUUACCUCGCCCCAAGCAGAGGUUGCUAAGAGGGGCUAUUUGGUGCUAUAGAAAUGAGACUAUUGGAGGGGGAAAGCAAAUUUGAUGCCUUGCUGCCCAGAAAUACUUGUGAAUUUUCAAAAGGUGCUAUUUUAUUUUAUUCUAUAUUUUUGAACAAGCAAAACAUCCAGGGUUGAGAGAGAAAAAUCAAACAUUGCUACAAGGGAUCAAGGUCUAAGCAAUUUGUUUCUGUUGUAAAGCAGGUGGAUUCCCUUUUGGCUUGUCUUUCCCCCCAUUCAUCCAGUUCUUCUCCACCACCAUCUCUCUUUGUUUCCAUCUUUCUUCCCUCAUCCAAAAGCAAAUUCUUGUGCCAAGUCUCUUUUGUUCUCCCAUGGUCCUCACUUGCUGCUGAUACAUUUGUUCCUUGCUUCUCAUUCUCCUCUCCUCCUCCAACUCUCUCCUCACCCUGACUCUCUUUUUCUGUCUUUCGGUGGGUUUCCAUUUCAAGCAAACUCAAUUCCUCUCUUUAACAAGAGGCAGUGUGAGUGACCGAAGAUUCUGUACCUAUUUUGUAUAUGUAUAAUAAUUUGAGAUGUUUUUAAUUAUUUUGACUGCUGAAAUAAAGCAUGUGAAAUGAUCCAAAUACA